UUCAUUGCGAUAAAGGACUGGUCAACACUUCAGCUCUGCAUGAAAAUGGUGACGUGGUUGUGUGUUUUCACGAUUAUCACGAUUAUAUCGUUAACAGAGGGAUAUAAUUAUUCCUGUUUUGGAGAUUUUACCCUAUUACAUCCGACUGGAAAAUCCAAUGGAGGGGUUCAAUCAUCACAACUUGAUGUUUCAAAAACGUACAAUUUGGCUCACUCUUACAAGGCCUGUUUUGAGCAAAUUGGACAGUUUACUUGCAUUCAUCCAGCCAUCAUUGCCGCAGUUGCAAGCCGAGAAACAAAUGUUGGUGCUGACAUUACUGUUUCACGUGGUUGGAAUGCUGGCCAUUUUGAGUACGGAAUGCUGCCAUGCGAUACUCGUUCAUGCCUGGUAUGCCAUAAAAACGUAGGCUUGACAUGCACAUCUUACCCUUGGAAUACCUGUGACCAUGCUCUUAUGAUGGCCCAAUAUGUUUUACUGCCCUUUGUUAAAAGCAUCCAGACGAAGUUUCCGUCUUGGUUGUCAGAGCAACACAUUCAAGGCGGUUUAGCGGCAUACAACGCUGGUAUUGACCACGUGGACUCUUGGAGCAAUGUCGACCAGCAUACGACCCAUCACGAUUACAGCAAUGACGUCAUAGCUCGUGCACAAUAUCUCGUCAGUCACUACAGUUGGUGACAUUUGUAUCGUAUGCACUCCACAUUAAAAAACACUGAUAUUUUUUAAAGAAAAACUAUGCUUAGUUAUUCAAAGCAUUUAUUCAACGAAAAAAGAUGUCACAAUUAGGUUUUAAUUAAAACAAACUGCAAAUUACAAAGACUGACUUAUUUUACUUU